UGGUCAUCGCCGUCGUUAAUUCGUCACUAUAAAAAUCUGCAGUUUUGUGUUCUUUUACGUAUCUAAAUUUCAAAAAAUGCAUUAUUAAUAUUAUUUAGUUUCGUGUAUUUAUAACAACAUUUUCAAUUUGUGAUAUUUAUUAUUAUUAAUACUGUUAUUUAACAAUGAGUGCUGAAAAUUAUCGCAGUGCAACGAAGUCGCACGACCCUGGCUGGAAUGACCCUCCGAAGCUCAGCUACAGCCCCGGUGUGGUCACCGGGCAAACACCGAAAUUAAAUCUGAAUAAGCGAAUCGCUUUCCCGGUAGCAGGAACAACCGCUGUAAAUCAACCACCACCAGUCCCAGGUGCGGCCGCCAUCGGUAGCUCUCUUCCUCAAUUUGUUCCAGCUGCUUCCUCCGGACCACCAAUGGCAGGUCCACCUCGUAGUGUCAAUCCGUCUGCACCACCAAUGCUGACGGUUGGGACACCUCCUCGAGUUGGUCAGAUCGAUAAGCCCAGUUCGAAUGCAGUCGAUGAUACGCUGGUGUACCCGAAAGAUGACGAAAUGAGGGACUUUGUGAAAGGCAUUCUCGGGGAUUUUCUAUUGAAAACAGAUAGUACACGGCAAGCGGAGAUUCGGAAACGUUUGGAUUUAAUGCAAGAAAGCUGGAACGAUGGGAAAUUGAGCGAUGGUCUCACUAGAAAGCUAUAUCGAUUAGCAUUUGCACUGAACGAAGGAAGAGUAUCGGAUGCGAAUGACGGUCAUCGGUCAAUUAUAGUCGAACACGGCAAGGAAUGCGUUCAGUGGGCUCCGGCGUUAAGACAGUUGAUUCAGGCUGUUCCUACGCCGGCAGAAAUGGUCACUGAAGCAACUGAAGGGGAUGAGAAGGAGGCCAUCACGAAACCUUUAUGAUUGGUGUGCAAUUAAAGUGCAAACUCCUCAGUGGAUUUCUGUAAACAUA